CCUCACCCCCUUUGGAUGCCUGCGUCUUUGCUCUGGGUUUAGUGGGGAGUGUAGUUUUUCUUCCUCAGUAUCCUAGAAAUUUUUGUCAAAGGGUUUGAGGGAGGCUGGGCGAAGAUGGACUCCUGAAUUGAAGGACACCAAUUGGGGCAGAGGUGGACACCUAGGUCCUUGAGAGGAAUUUAGGGCGGAGAUGGAUACCUGGCUCUUGAGAGCAAUUGGGGAGGGGAAAUUCGAGAAGAAGUUCCAGACAGAGCAGGCAGGCGGCUCCGUGUCACACAGUACCCAGUUUGAAUAUGCCUGGUGUUUGGUCCGGAGCAGAUACAAUGAUGACAUCCGAAAGGGCAUCGGGCUGCUGGAGGAACUGCUAUCUAAAGGAAGCAAAGAGGAGCAACGAGAUUAUGUUUUCUACUUGGCUGUGGGGAACUACCGACUCAAGGAAUAUGAGAAGGCUCUAAAGUAUGUGCGAGGGUUGCUGCAGACUGAGCCCCAGAACAACCAGGCCAGGGAACUAGAAUGCCUUAUUGAUAAGGCUAUGAAGAAAGAUGGGCUGGUAGGCAUGGCCAUCGUGGGGGGGAUGGCCCUGGGCGUGGCUGGGCUCGCCGGGCUGAUUGGACUUGCUGUGGCCAAGUCUAAGUCUUGAAUUGCUCUACCACCAACACCCUCGGAUCACACCUCUGACCUGCUCCCCCUCGGAGAUGAAGCUGCCAAUGGGGCCGUGGAGAUGCUGAUAUUGAGGAUGUGAGGGGGAAGGGGCCUGCCACUUUUGUACCUUUAUUCCUAUUACCCCCAUCUUCAUCCCCUUUCCAGUUUUCUCCCUGAUUACUGUAUGCCCUUCAAUUUCUUUCCUAAUACCUGCCCUCCCCCAGGAUUUUGUGUUUUGGUAGAAUGUAAAUAAAACUGAGGGUUCUGGAUUGAGA